UAGGGCAGUUCCUAACACAAACAGCAGCAGGCAGGGUUCUCGCUUAUUUGUUAGUCCUUGACGAAGAGACGAGAUAUAUAUAUGUAUGAGGUUUGGAAGAGGAGGUUUAUUUUACUGUCAGUACUGUGAGCAAUGAUAAGUGGACUACGUAAUGAAACCAAGAGCAUCUUGAUAACAGGAUGUCAUAAUAUUUCUUGGAUUGCUAAAGAUUAUUAAGGUUGGAGCAGACGUCACAGCAGCUGCUGCCAUAUCACACAUACUAGCAUGAAUAUGGAGGCUAUAUCAAGGUCACAGCGUGCAAACCUGUGUAAUUGACAGUGACAGUUCCUUUGACAUUCCGACCAGAAAAAACCAAGACGACAUACAUACUGGAUGAUAAAAUCAGAUAAAGACUGAUCAAUUGUACACAUUCCCUGGAAAAAAAAAGAGAGAGAAGAGAAAAAAUCAAGCUUCCCUUCUAGCUAUGUAUUAAUGCUGGAUGUUGGCGGCUUGAGUCAUAUUUUUCAAACCUGUAACCACACUGCAACAGAGAGUGAUCAUCACAGACAGGAUGGUAUCCUAGACAACCACGUAUAAAACUGUCAAAUCAUAUGGCUGAACUCUUCUUUGAUAAAUCAGGCCAAUGUGCAUUUAUCAUUUGACGACUACAAAAAAUGAGGUUGUAAUUGAAGUUAACCAUAACUUGUGGCACAGAUAUUAUUAUUCCAAAUAUGCAGCUCAUUUCCAAGUCUUAAGCUGCCUGUUUUGCUGAUAGGAUAAUGUAGUAGGGUGUGCUCUACAAAGGUUUCAGAUACCAGCACCAGAGCAGGCAGCAGCAGUACAAGGCCUACUGCUGUCGGUUUCAGAAGUAUAUUACAAUGAUAUAAUACUUGCCAUGCUGGUGAAGGAUAAGAUAUAAGAAGAUUGAUGAAGUGAAUAAAGCAAGUCAUAAUAUCGUGUGGAUAUUUUAAGUGGGACAGUGAAGGCACAGAAGUGGUGGAAAUAACUAUUCUACUGACAGACAAUGAAGAUCAAUUUUCACAGUAAAAUGGAGAUUAUUGUGGUCGUCUUGGCUCUGAUUGCGGUGAUUUCAUGCACACCUCCUUCCUCCACCACAGAUCCCCAAGAGAGACCAGCAGAGGACGGCAGCAGCGAGAAAACUGACACGACUGCAGGAUUACAGUUUUUCCCAAAGGAUGGCAUUCGCAUUUUAGGAUUGGAUGAACCCCACUGGAUUUAUUACAAUAUCAGCCAGGGCAUGAUACAGCAAAUGGUGCACCAAAAUGCCACAUGGACAUUGCAUGUGGAAUCCCAAAAUAAUGAAAUUCUCCAGUUAAUUAGUUUAUUCCAUGAUGGUAUUGUUCAUCCUGCAGAUUAUCUCAAAUUUGAUAUAAAUCACAAAAGUGGGCACUCGGGUGCGAUUGGGAUAAAUGCUGUCAAAAUUGGGUACACAUCCCUCAAACUGAAGAUUUUCAAUACCAGUGACGAGGUCCACACUGGCUCUAAUGUUACCACAAGACAUGGCCAUGAAACAGUUAUGGAAUACAAAGUGACAAUUCAACGUACUCGGCGUACUGUAGAUCUUGGCUUUGACUGUGCUAUUGCCAUUGUUGCCCUGUUUAACAGUUUUGGUAUGGGUUGCGUGACCAAGUUUCAGAAGCUCAAGGACCAUAUUAAGCACCCCCAAGCUGUGCUCCUGGGGUCCACUUGCCAGUUCAUUAUCAUGCCUGUGCUUGCCUUUGGUCUUGCCAAAAUCUUCAGUAUGAAUGAUGAGAUGGGUCUGGGUCUGUUCUACACAGCCUGUAUCCCCAGUGGAGGCUUUGGCUACAUGCUGGUGAUGACCAUCAUGGACGGGGAGAGGACACUGUGUCUGGCCAUGAACUGCCUUAGUAUGCUGGUGGUGCUGGUGACUGCUCCGCUGUGGAUGUUAGCCCUUGGUCAGUUCUUCCCUAAGCCAGCCCAGUCCAGUGAUCCUUUGCUCAAUAUGGAGAUCUGGGUGGCCGCCCUCCUGGUACCCUACGCCUCGGGACUUCUGCUCAAACAAUUUCGACCAGAAGCAGCUGCAGCUAUGCUGAACUGGUUGAUCAAACCGCUCUUGUUGCUAGUGACCAUACUCUUUGUGACUCUUGGAAUUUACAUCAACCAUUAUAUGUUUGAUGAUAUACCUGUCAAGCCAAUGGUUGCCAGUGCACUGUUUCCAAUGAGUGGGUUUAUGCUGGGCGGAGGGAUUGCAUUCUUGGCUAAACAGCCAAAAGACAAUGUGAAAACAAUAGCCACAGAGACGGCAAUAUCCAACUGUCUGAUAGUGAUAGUGUCUUUGCGUUUCUCUCUGGACCAGCCCAGUGCAGACAUAGCCUCUACAGUUCCUUUCUGGGUGAUCAUCUUCACCCCAGCCACCUCCGUGUUACUGUGGUUUGGACGCAAGGUCAAACACUGUCUCUGGAACUACUGCGAGAAACGCAUCAACCAACAGAAAAUCUACGAAGAAGAGUUUACCCUAAAGAAAGGUUUUGAAAGCAUGGCCAACAAUACCGCUUUCUCCACAGCAGCCAUCUCCAUGACUAGCAGUCCUGACAAUAAGAAGGGCAAAAAUGCCACGUCAAAUAGUGAGACAAUCAGCAAGAAUAACAAUGAUAAAUGUCACGAUCCACUGCUUGAUCAGCAUGUGACGGUAUUGUGACUAGACCAUGACAAUCACUCUUUUAGCUGUGAGGUGUAGCACUGUUUUUGCCACAUAUCACCAGCUGUAUAUAUUUUCUGCAUAAACUGGUAUGGGCAAAUGAAAACCUCAGUGUCUUUUGAAUACAACAUUCACAUUUUCUUGUUUGUGAUAAUGUGUUUCCAAUGAAAACACACUGAAACAUGUUAGGAAAAUGUAUUUUGUUGGUUUUCAAUUAUUUAUCUAAAUUAAAUCAUUUCUCAACACUUUGCCAUUUGAUUUUUUUCCAUUUUAGGAUGUUAUUGAAUGUAUCGCUUUUAAAUUUUCUCCUUUAUAAUUUACACAUUUUGAUUAUUUUAUGUAGUGGUUUUCACCAAAGCUCCCUCACAUACUAUUUCCAUUAUGCUGUAUGCUGAUACAAUUUCAGUAUAUUUUUUUCUGCCAGUGUAUAAGUUGCUUGCUUGCAUAUUCAAGGAUAAAAGUAUUUAAUUUGUUAUAUUAAAUGAGACGAGCAGCACUUCUUUGGCAUUCUCAAGUUUUCAUCACAUAUUGUAAGUGAUGUGCAUAAGCAGAGAUAAAACCAGACGAUGUAAAUAUACCAUUAUGUGACAUAUGUAUAUUGUGUAACCUAUUCCCAGGCACAUUAAUCAGCCAAAUCUGGGAGCAUCACAAAGAUGUGAGAGAAAAAGCAGUUUGCUUAAUCAUCCUGUGCCUCACAGUAUAUGAUGAUAAUAAUUCUCAUUGCUGAGCAACACCUCCACCCAUGACUUAAUUUAUUUCCCAGACAAGUGAAUACAACAUGCCUGUUUUGUUGCUUAUGCCAUAGCCUUGCCUUAAUAUUUAUCACACAAUGAUGGUAAAAGUAUCAAAUGAUAUUUAUGGAUUCAGAGUCUCUGAUCUCUAUUCAGAAAUAUUUAUAGAUAUAAUACAGUAAAUAUUUGCUGUGAUGGUGUAUUGAGUUUUGUAAAUAUCCACACAUUCAGACACAGUAUUAAAUGUUGUGUACACAUGUAAAAUAUGUAUACUGUAUUACCAUAUAUUCUAUAUAGGACAUAACACACAAAUCCUAUGGAAACAAUUCACAACUGAAUUGAGUGUUAUGAUAUGCACUAUGGCACUGACAUUUAUGCUUGAUCAAUGUUAAAUUAUGCACUGUGUUCAUGAACUUGGUGCUGUGCAUCUGGACUUUUUUCAUUAGAAUUUAAGUCUGUGCAUUUUUAUAUACUCAAAGGGUUCUAUUGAUAAUUAAUCAUAAAUUAAAUGCAGUAUUAUGAAUUGAAACAAAGUGAAAAUAAAGCAGCAGUGCAUGCCUUUGCUAAAAACUUAUUGAACUUAGAUGAAAUGUUUUAUAGGACCGCAACAAAGUAAAUGAAUACAAUCUAGAAUCAUAUGAAUAUAUUUCAGAGUAAAUGUUUAUGUAUAUUUAUGCACCAAGUAAUGAAUAAUGUAAGUAUUUUGCUUUCACAGUACCGUAACAAGUACAAUAAACAAUGCAAACAUUUAAAAAAAUGUCUGGCUAAAAAUAAUAAUAAUAAAAGUUACAUAUUCAGUAAACAUCAAAAAAUUUGACAUUUCUUUGCUUAGAAUGAAAUGAUUGCAACAGGCUGCCACCUUCUCUUCCUUGUUUAUCAUUAUGAAAACAAUAGCAGAGCCUGCUUACUGUGACUAGAGGGUAAGGAUUAAAAGUUUAAGGCCAAGAACUCGGAAAUGCCCAUCAUAUAAAGGCAAGAUUGAACAGUUAGGGAAGUCAUCUCUACCUUGAAUGCUACUAAAGCAUAAAAGGAAAAAAAAUGUGUUUUUCUUUUAUUUUUCUUUCAAUUUGUUUACUUUAUACAGCCUUCCUGAUUGAAACCUCACACUCAGCAUGAAAGACGAGUUAGCUAAAUAUUUUAUUAUGAUAAAACAACUUUUAGUUUGGGUCACAUAAAUGCUGUGCAAUGUAUCUACAGAAACCAGCUUUCACUUUCAACCACAAUGUGAGUAAAAGAUAAUUCACCUGGAAAGAAUUUUGGUUUCAUGCCUAACAGAUGUCAUAUUGGGUAAGAGUAAUUGCAGUUUACUCUCCUAUACUAUUGUGAUUCUCACAGUGAUGGUUCCUUACCAAUUCAGCAUUUAUUUUAGCUUCACAUGUCAAGAUAUGGAAAAUAAAAAAGGUUUAAAACCUACAUGUUUUUAA